CCACGUUAAAAUUCUAUGCUUGAGCACUGGUAUGAGCCUACUGCAAAGACCCGUGCUUUACAGGCGCAUUAUCAUGAUGAUGAUGCGACAACACAAAAUUGGUUGAACGCAGUUUUGGCUGAUGGUAAUUUUUCUGGUGUGUUAUAGGAGAUGCCGACGGGCUAGGAGACGUUCGCAAGCAAGAGCUGGUCAAGAGCGGUUUGGCGCUGGGACUGCAAAACGAGGAUGAUGUCUUUGUCGUGGACAACCCCACUGACUUCCCAGACUCCAUGAACAGAAUGUGGGAUAAGAACCUGAUCGCUCGCCUACUAGGAAGCACAUUUGCGCCCAAGUUCGGCCACGAGCGCAAGAAUAACCUCAAGCCUACAGCCGCCAUUGACAUCCUCGUCACAUUUGACAGCAACGGCGUGUCUUCUCACCCCAACCACAUCUCCCUAUACCUGGGUGCCCGUUCCUUCAUUCAGGCUCUCACUACGACUGAGUCGGAAUGGCCGAGCCCUGUCGAUCUAUAUACCUUAAAAUCUGUGGGCAUUGUGCGCAAAUACUCGGCCUUCAUGGACUUUGUUCCUACACUGCUCUCGCAUCUCGGAGUCAAUAAUGAGAACAAGGACCGUCCCGAAGGUCUGGUUUUCAUGAACCAGCUUGUUGGCCGAGGCGCAUACGGCACUGCUUGGAGUGCCAUGACCCAGGCGCACAGGAGCCAGAUGGUCUGGUUCCGCUAUGGCUGGAUCACCCUCAGCCGAUACAUGGUCAUCAAUGACCUGCGUCUCGAAAAGGUCAAGGCACAGUGAUCGAAAUGAAGUACAAAGGAACCGCAUGGCCAGGGGAGUUUGGAAACUACUUAUCUUGUGUUACUAUUUGUAUGUACGACAUCGGCGUACGAUUUACUUUUAUACCUUACUUGCAACUAAAUAGGAAUCUAUGGGGGGUUUGACAGUUGCUGCUCGAAACGGUUGAUGAUUAGAGUAUGGUUGUAUACAGCAUUAAGAUG